AUGCAAGAAGUAUUUGACAAGAAGUCAUUCAGGCCCGCUGUCAACCUCAGUAACCCCACCAUAACCAACAUCUCCUUCACCCUCUAUGCCGUGCUGGGCGUGUCGCUGACCGUCUUGUACCUCUGUAUUCCACACCAGUACUGGCACCAUGAGUUCAUGGUGUGGGAGCCUAAUGAGUGUGAUGGUGUGACCAGGAUUUCAAUCCCGGUGAAUCAGCUGUGGUCUCCAGACAUCAUCGUCUAUGAAUUUGUGGACGACGAUGUCUCCCAGGCCUGUCCGUACGUCUACCUCAACCACACGGGACACAUCCGCUGGGACCGCAUGCUGAGGCUGGUGUCCUCCUGCAACCUGGAGAUCUUCAGCUUCCCCUUCGACGUGCAGAACUGCACCUUCACCUUCGGCUCCUACAUGCACACCAUAAGGGACGUGAGGGUGAGUCCGGCCCUGACCUUUGAGGCCAUGUCCAUUAAUUCCAAGAACUACCUGGAGGCCAGUGGGGAGUGGGAGCUGGUGGUAAUCCUGGGGGAAACGUCCAUCCUCAAGUUCGGCAUUGAUGAGUGGGACAUCAUCACCUUCUGGGUGGUGAUCAAGCGGCGCCCGAACCUCUACGUGGUCAACCUGCUCAUUCCCAGCUCCUUCCUGAUGCUCAUCGACAUCCUGUCCUUCUACCUACCCCCGCACAGCGUGGACCGCGCCUCCUUCAAGAUGACCCUCAUCCUGGGCUACACCGUCUUCCUGCUCAUCAUGAACGACCUGUUGCCCAGCACCGCCAACGGCACGCCCAUCAUAGGUAUCUACUUCUCGGUGUGUCUGGCCCUCAUGGUGAUCAGCCUGUUGGAGACGGUGAUCAUCACCAACGUGCUCCACCACAACUCCAUGAAGUACCGCGAGGUUCCCCGCUGGGUGCGAGUGCUGGUCCUCCAACACAUCGCCAACCUCAUCUGCUACCGCUGGCCGGAAGGGAUCCGCCCCUCCGCUUGGCCGUCCAAUCACAAAGCGGACAAGCCUGAGAGCGACGCAGGGGUCUGCGUGGUCCAAACGAUCACACCCUCACCCGCCCCGCCGCAAGCCAGCCGCGAUGCUGAGAGAGCAGGUUCCUCGGUGGCGAUGGAGGGACAGGAGCUCCGUCAGAUCUGCCAGGACGUGGGCACCCUGCGAGCCCACCUCACGGCCCUUCAGAAGGAGGGCGAGCUGCAGGACGUGUGGUGUCACGUGGGCUACGUGCUGGACUUCCUGCUCUUCCGCAUCUACCUUCUGCUCAUCAGCUUCUACGCUCUGGUCAUCAUCUACAUGUGGUGCAUCUGGGUCGCCCAGACGUGAGAGCGAGCGCGCACGGCUCAACGUGCACGUUCGGCAACGGGGGGCGGGUCGGUCACAUGGAAUGGAGAAGGAUUGGGGAUUUCACAUGUUGUAAAAAAGGGGGAUUUCAGAGCAGUUAUGUUAAUUAUUGGAUUGAGUAGAGUUAUUCAACUUCACUCGAUAUGACUGUAGCUGUCUGGUUAUUUAUGGGAAUCUCUUGAAUCAUAAUGCAAUCGUAGAUGGUAACUUGACCGCAUUUAUAUCGGGCUUUUUGAAACCCGUGGCCACUUAAAGUGCUUAAAAACGAUUGCCUCACUUUUCACCAUUGCAUACACAUUCAUACAACCACGGUCAUAAAAGGCAACAGCCAUCUUUUCGGGAGCAGAUGGGGUUAGGUGCCAUGCUCAGGGACAGAGGUACGUUUUUUUACAGUAAGCAUUACCUUCCUCAGAAGAAUAUACCAAGCAUCUUAUAACAGAGUACUGCGUUGAUGUUAUUUUGUGCAUAUGUACCGGUUCUAUGACCUCAUUAUUAUAACUGUUUUUUGCUCCCCAACACGGAUUAAAAGCUAUUCAAAGUGACUUGGAUUUUGGCAGUAAAUGUUGACGAAUUGGUCUGUCUAACAAGACAAUAUUGUAUGUAUGAUUCUAAUUUGAUAUUUUUCAAAAAACAGAUCCCAAAACAUUAACAGUCAGGGCAGUCUUUAAUUUUCAACACUGUUACAGAACAAAAGCCAAAUGAACACGUUAUAAUCAAAAUAAAAGCAUUCAUCAAUUGUAUUUACAAUAUAUUUUCUCUUAGUGCACUUCACAUCCUUGUACAAAAGGCAGGCCGAUGAACUCAGAAUCCACCCCAGCGAAGAGGAACAGAUUUAACUCUUUGUUCAGUGAAUUGUUAGUACAGUGCUUUUAAAAGCAGCCAGUUAAGACUAAACACGCAGACAGGUUAGAGCACUGUUCUGGUAUAAUAGACAUCUAUGGUGUCGGUGGUCCAGUUAUUGGGCAAAAACCUCCAGUCGGUUCUAUUGGGGAUAGUUUCCCUAGCCGAUACAAUUCACACAAGAUUAGUUACAAUCCCUGAUCUAAAGACUACUGACGUAUGUAUAUAAAAAAAGAACUGUUGUAUUGUUGUUAUCAUUAGCAAAUGCUUAUAAAAAGGUCACUCAUUCUGGACAAAGUUUAGUACUUUGGCCAAUGAAAAUGUAUUGUUAAUCAUAUCUGUGGAAGAUAAAAAUCACUUACAAUUGGAAUUACUUAAUUUCACAUCUCCAUGUAUUCAAUCUCAAUUUAUUCAGUCAUUUUCAAAUAAGUCUACAAAAAUGAUAUUACUUUGGUUACACAAAACAUCUUACGGAACGUGAAUUUGAGUCUUCUGCCAAGGGGUGAAUUAUUGAAUUUGGUUGUGCCAUCCCAGGUAAACGUCUGUCUGGUUUUAAUAAGAGACACGAUUAAAAGCCCUGAAUUAGUCUCCCUGCUCAACACGCUCCUCUAGAACAUAAGAUCAGUGCAAAUAAGAACUACAUGUUAAGAUGAGUGGUCCCACACAAAAUCAAGUUAAAUGUUACAUUCUCAAAUCAGAUAAGUGCAAAUUAUUGGUGCACAGCAAGUACACACACACACACACACACACACACACACACACACACACA